AUGGAACUCAAGCAAUAUAUUGAGGAGCUUUACUGGGGAUCUGGUAAGCGUGUGAUGCUGCUGGGGCACAGCAAGGGCAGUGUUGAUGCUGCAGCUGCAUUGUCAAUCUACUGGUGUGAUUUGAAAGACAAAGUUGCUGGCUUAGCACUGGUACAGAGCCCCUAUGGUGGCACUCCCUUGACUUCUGAUAUUCUUCGCGAAGGCCAGAUUGCCGACAAAGAAACCUGCAGGAUCAUGAAACUUUUAAUAUGCAAGCUAAUUAUUAAGGUAAUAGCACCACCAAUGCCUGAGCUUGUUGAAAGUCCUUUGUGUAUGUAUUUCAUGAGGAAGCUGAAGAAGGUCAAGAAGAGCAAUGGCCAAGUGCUUGCCAUUAAUGAGUCAAUGUUUUUUUUUGCGGUGGGGAAGUGGUUCCUUCUCAACUCUCCUCCUGGCGAAAUCCAAUUUGUUGCCAAAGCAUAUCCACACCUUCUUUUACACCCUAUUUCUCUGCACAUUCCUCUCAAAAACUUAAAUGCUUUAUGCUCCACCAUAGCCUUUGGUGACAUGAAGCAGAAACAGGGAAGGAAAUCUCAUAUGAAAUGGGUAUUUUAUGUUGGAGGUUAG